AUGCCGACGCACGAUGUGCUGGCUCUCCUGGUGUCGAGCCACCUGGUUGCUCUCCAGCCUGCGGCCGCGGUCGGCGGCAAGGUGGAGACGCUCUCCAUCGAUCUGGCGUCGGGCGAGGUGAAGGUGACGCAGCAGGCACCGGUGGGGCCGAGCGCAGAGCGCGUCCUCGCGGUUAUCGGCGCGUUCAGGCUGCGGGCGGCGACGGUCGUGGCGGUCGUGACGGGCGCGCAGAGGGUGGCCACCUUGAACGGCCAACCAGUGUUCAAGGUCAUCAACACGAGGCUCAUCACCCCCAAGAACGCAAACUUUGACGCCGGCGACAAGAGGCUCCUGGCAUACCUGCGUGAUGCAAUCAACCCAGAGGGCACAGGCCGCGGCCUGCACUUUGCAUACAGCUCAGACCUCACCCUCAGCGCCCAGCGCCUGGCUGACGUGCUGGCCAACCCAGCGACGGCGUCCAAGCCGCCGGCGAGGCGCGCCGACUAUUCAUACUUUUGGAACAGGACCCUGGCCAAGCCCCUGCUGGGUGCGCGGGCUGGCGCGGCCGACUUUCUGGCCGCCUUGCCGCUGACUCUGCCCGCGCGCAACCUCCCGUUCCGCGGCGCUGCAUUGUUUGCCUGUGACAACGACGGCCCCUGCCGUGCGGCCCGCGGUUUCCAUGCAGAUGCGGGCGCGGACGCGUUUGUGCUGACAAUGAUCCUCGGCAGCGUGGGCCAGAUCACCGGCGUCGAGGCCAAGACGUACGGCAGGAGUGCCAAGCUGGACAUCACCCUGAUCGCGCGCCGCAGCGCCGACCGCUCCGGCACGCGCCACUGGCGCCGUGGCGCCGACACGCAGGGCGCCGCGGCAAACCUGGUGGAGACGGAGGAGAUUGUGGUGCUCAACGGCGGCCAGGUGUCGGCCAGCUACGUGCAGCUGCGCGGCAGCAUCCCGCUGAUCUGGACCCAGAUCCCAAACAUCAAGUACAAGCCCCCCACCAAGCUGCUGCAGGGGGAGGCAUCGACGGCGGCGUUUGACGCCCACGUGGACGGGCUGCUCAAAAAGUACAAGUCGCUGGUUACUGUAUUUGUCAGAGCCCGGGUGUGA